AUGGAAGAGAAGGACAAGGACUAUCCCGAGCUCUCGGACCUCAAGUGGAUUAUGGAUCUGGCCUUUUUGGUCGACAUGCUGUGUCACUUGGACAGACUGAACCUGACCCUGCAGGCCAGAGGCUUCAGAGUUCAAGGAAACAGGGAAAGAAGACGGGAGAAGGGAGAGAAGAAGACAAGUGGAGGAAAAAAGGAGGAAGAAAAGACCAGAGAGAUUUUAGAGGAAUGGGUGACAGCCACUGACCUGCUCAUCUCUUUGGACAGGCUUAACACCUUUGGAGAUGAGUUUUUCAAGGACGCUAAAGUGCUGCGCUCGUACUUCUAUGCCAUCUCUGAUUUCUCUGUGGGUGGCAGAUGUAAGUGUAACGGCCAUGCCAGCGAGUGCAUUGAGCGAGAACAUGGUAACCUGGUCUGCGCCUGCCAGCAUCACACAGAGGGAGCCGACUGCCAGAGAUGUCACCCCUUUUACCAGGAUAGACCCUGGGCCAGGGCCACUGGGGACUCUGCCAAUGAGUGUUUGAAGUGUAACUGCAGUGGGAGAUCAGACCAAUGUGUGUUUGACAUGGAACAGUACCGGAGCACUGGCAGUGGGGGGCGAUGUGUGAGCUGCAGAGACAACACCGAUGGGCCCCACUGUGAGCGCUGCAGAAAUGGCUACUACCGGAAAUCUACAGAAGAUCCCUGCCUACCCUGCAACUGCAAUGUCAACGGAUCUGUGAGUCUACAAUGUGAUGUAGAAGGAAGGUGUGCUUGUCGGGAAGGUGUGACAGGAGAAAAGUGUAACACAUGCCAGGCUGGCUUUCACUCGAUAGGCCCCGGUGGCUGCAG